UGUGCACACACUCUGGGAAGGCGCUUUGGGAAGUAUCUAGGCCCGAACCUGCCACGGCCCCGGGGGAGGCUGGACCCGGGUUCGAGCCCCGGCGCCCCCUGCUGGCGAGCGCACGUAUGUGCAGCCAGAGCUGUGUGCACGCGUGAUUAGAGCGAGCGCACCGUGAUUAGAGCGAGCGCACACACGCGCAGCCAGAGCCCCGCGCACGCGCGAUUAGAGCGAGCGCAUACACGCGUAGCCACGGCCGCGCGCACGCGUGAUUAGAGCGAGCGCACGCGCGAUUAGAGCGAGCGCACACGUGAUUAGAGCGAGCGCACGCGUGAUUAGAGCGAGCGCGUGCGUGAUUAGAGCGAGUGCACGCGUGAUUAGAGCGAGCGCACACACGCGCAGCCACGGCCGCGCGCACGCGUGAUUAGAGCGAGCGCACGCGUGAUUAGAGCGAGCGCAGGCGCGAUUAGAGCGAGCGCAGGCGCGAUUAGAGCGAGCGCACACAUGAUUAGAGCGAGCGCGCGCGCGAUUAGAGCGAGCGCAGGCGCGAUUAGAGCGAGCGCACGCGUGAUUAGAGCGAGCGCGCGCGCGAUUAGAGCGAGCCGCCCCCCCCCCAGGGCCCUGCUGGGCGGGAGCCCCGACGGCGUCGUGUGCAGCGCCGACGACUACUUCCGGGGCGGCGGCGGCGGCUACAGCUACAGCGUCUCGGGCCUCGGCCGCGCCCACGACUGGAGCCAGAGCCGAGCCAAGCGGGCCAUCGCCGAGGGCCGGUCGCCGGUCAUCAUCGACAACACCAACACGCAGGCCUGGGAGAUGCGGCCUUACGUGGAGAUG